UGUGUGUGAGAGAGAGAGAGAUAGAAAGAGAGAGAGAGAGAGAGAGAGAGAGAGAGAUGAAGCUGAUGAGCUGAAGGCAGCCGGGUGCAUGUGUAGCGGGAUGCAGCAUCGCGCAAACCAAACGCGAAGCUUCGCGCGCUGGUGCGGGAUCCGGUAGUGAGCGGGGGCGCGCGCUGAUCACGGAACGCAUUCUAUAUUUAUAUAGAUACAUUUAUAUAAAUAUAUAUACUAUCUCCCCCUCCUUCUUUCUCUUUCCUCCCCCGUCCACGUGCUGAAGGCGGAUGUGAGCGUUAAAGCGCGAGCGGCGGGGCCGAGGAUCCAGGGAGCACCGCGAAGCUGGAAAGAGAUGCUGCGUUAAGUUAAGGCGCUGUGAUUUAAAGUGUCAAUGGGGAUUGAGGACCUGAGCAUGAGGAAUGGAAGGGCACUGUCCGACCAAUGGGCCGACGGGGUGGUGGUGCGACCCCGGACCACUGAGCAGCACAUCACUGUUCACAAGAGACUUGUGCUCGCCUUUGCCAUCUCCAUCCUCACACUCAUUAUUGUGACAGCCAUUGCCGUGAUGCUGGGAGUACGCUUUGAGAAAUGCAUUGGGGCCAGUGAGAGAGUUGUUCAACCAGGUACUGGGUCCAAUCAGUCACGAGAUGGAAAUUCUGAGCAUAAAGGAGAAGAGAUGCAGCCAUGGCGCCAUUCACGCUUACCAACCACACUACGCCCACGCCACUAUGACCUCCAGCUCUCGGUGUACAUGGACAAUUACACCUUCUCAGGCAAAGUGAGCAUCGAGUUUGAAUGCGUGAACGCUACCAAGUUCAUCGUGCUGCAUGCGGACAGGCUGGAUGUGGAUAAGGUGGCUGUGUACUCGGAUAGUAAAAAACCGGGUACGAUGAGGGUCCACCGGCACUUCCACUACGCUCCCAACCAGGUCUAUGUCAUCACUUUGCAUCGGGAAAUGAAGCCACUCAGAACAUACAAGAUCAACAUCACAUUUGACGCUCAAAUAGAAAAUGAACUAUUGGGCUUCUUCCGCAGCUCAUAUAUGCUGCACGGAGAGAAAAGGUAUCUCGCUGUGACCCAGUUCUCACCGACUCAUGCGAGGAAGGCUUUCCCUUGUUUUGACGAGCCGAUCUACAAAGCCACCUUCAUUGUGAGACUGAGGCAUGAUGCCGCUUAUCAGUCCCUCUCUAAUAUGCCCAUUGAGGCAUUCAGCCUGGAGGAGGAUGGCUGGGUCACCAAUCAUUUUUACAGGACACCUCGCAUGUCUACUUACUAUCUGGCUUGGGCAAUAUGCAACUUUACCUACCGAGAGGAGAUCACAGAUACUGGAGUUGUGAUCCGGCUCUAUGCUCGACCUGAUGCUAUUCAGAGUGGAUCAGGAGAUUAUGCCCUGCAGAUCACCAAAAGGCUUCUUAACUUCUACCAGAAUUAUUUUAAAGUGAAAUACUCCCUGCCUAAACUAGAUCUCCUGGCUGUGCCGAAACACCCGUAUGCAGCGAUGGAGAACUGGGGACUUAGUGUGUUUGUUGAGCAGAAGAUUUUGCUGGAUCCAGAAGUCUCCUCUUUCUCCUACCAGAUGGAGCUCACCAUGGUGGUGGUGCAUGAGAUCUGCCACCAGUGGUUUGGAGACCUGGUUACUCCAGUCUGGUGGGAGGACGUAUGGCUCAAAGAGGGAUUUGCUCAUUUCUUUGAGUAUGUUGGGACUGAUUUUCUCUUCCCAAAGUGGAACAUGGAGAAGCAGAGGUUCCUGACUGACGUGCUUCAUGAGGUGAUGCUACUUGACGGUUUGGCAAGUUCUCAUCCCAUCUCCCAGGAGGUUUUUGAAGCUGCUGACAUUGACCGGGUUUUCGACUGGAUCGCUUACAAAAAAGGAGCAGCACUAAUCCGCAUGUUGGCAAAUGUCAUGGGACAAGCUGUAUUUCAGAAAGGCAUCAAUGACUACUUAAUGACGCACAUGUACGGAAAUGCAGCAAGGGAUGACUUGUGGAACAAGUUUUCAGAGGCCAUGCAGAGUGAAGGGAAAGACAUCAACAUCAAAGAAGUAAUGGAUGGUUGGACUCUUCAAAUGGGCUAUCCUGUGGUCACCAUCAGCAAAAAUGAGAGCCUGGACAACAUGGUCACUGUAAACCAGGAACACUUUAUCUAUGACAUGGAAGCCAAGAGCAGCAAACCGGACAUUUUCAACAAUAGUUUCCAGUGGCAGAUCCCGUUGACCCUAGUCGUGGGAAACACCAGUCACAAAUCACCAGAGACUGUCAUAUGGGUCUCUAAACAGACAGAGAUGCACCAUGUGGGUUACAUAGACGAGAAGACAUGGUUACUGGGAAACAUCAAUCAAACAGGCUAUUUCAGGGUGAACUAUGACCUUCACAACUGGAAACUUCUUAUCCAUCAGUUAAUGACCAACCCCACAAUCAUCUCUGUAGGCAAUCGUGCUGGCUUGAUUGAUGAUGUCUUCAACCUGGCUAGAGCUGGCUAUCUCCCACAGAGCAUUCCAUUACAGAUCAUCUGCUACCUGUCUGAGGAGGAUGAGUUUUUACCCUGGCAUGCUGCCAGCCGAUCGUUGUACCAACUCGACAAGCUGCUUGACCGCACCAAGGACUAUAGCAUCUUCAGUAGCUAUGUGUUGAGGCAGGUUGAGCCAAAGUAUCAUAAGUUGGGAUGGCCAAGUGUGAAUGCAGACGGCUCCUUCUUGCAGGCCACCUACCAGACAGAAGAGCUACAAAGAGCGGUGAUUAUGUUGGCCUGCAGUUUUGGAAAUAAACACUGCCACCGGCAGGCUGUGUCCCUUGUGUCCGAAUGGAUCUCAAGCAACAAGAACAGGAUUCCCCCAAAUGUCAGGGACAUUGUCUACUGCACAGGUGUCUCGUUAAUGGAUGAAGAUGUCUGGGAGUUCAUCUGGAUGAAGUUCCACUCCUCCAUGGCCAUCUCAGAGAAGAAAGUCCUGUUGGAGGCCCUAACCUGCAGUGACAACACGUACCUACUCAACAGACUUCUCAAUUUGUCUCUAAGCUCAGACCUGGUGCCAGAUCAAGAUGUGAUCGACAUCAUCAUCCAUGUUGGUCGCAACCCACAUGGACGCCGUUUGGCAUGGAGGUACUUCAGAGAAAAGUGGGACAUAUUAAACUCUAGGUAUGGUGAAGCUUUAUUUAUGAACUCUAAACUAAUCAGCGGUGUGACGGAGUUUCUCAACACAGAGAGCGAACUAAAUGAGCUGAAGGAUUUCAUUCAGAUGAACAAUGGAGAAGCAGUUUCAGCAUUCACUCGAGCGUUGGAGAUUGUCAAGGCCAAUGUAAAAUGGCACAGUCUUUACAAGGAGCAGUUCUUCCAGUGGCUGAGAAAAUCACCCAACGACUAACAAUCCACCAUGUUUAUUAUCUGUUAGCAUGGAGUCUCUAUCAAACAUUUAUAGACCAUUAGCCAUGGGAAAAGUAAAAGAACAAUAAAAAUAUCAUUUUUUUGACCCUGA